UGCCGCGCUUGCGGGGGCCCGGGGGUUGAGAGGAAGGGGGAGAUCGCUCCCUGCCAGUGGGAGGGGUCGCAGCCCGCGCUCCCCCUCCCCACCCGCCCGCUCCAGGUUAAAUGCAGCUGCCACUUGGGCUCGCCCUAGCUGUCUGGCAUUCCCCCACUUAGGGCAAGCUGCCCACGCCGCCGCCGUUACCUGGUCCAACUCCCCAGGAGGCUGGGCCCGUCUCUCUGUAGCCGCACCUCUGAGCUGUCCGGCAGGCUCAGGCUGUGACACUUUGGUUCUUCAUCCUUGCAAGCACCAUGAGAGGCCUUUUUUGCUGGCCACUGUCUCUGGUGCUGCUCUCCCUGCAGUCCUGGGAAACCCAGCUCCAGUCUGCAGGUCCUAGGUGCUAUACUGGGCCCCUGGAUUUGGUGUUCAUGAUUGAUAGCUCCCGCAGCGUGCGCCCCUUCGAGUUCGAGACCAUGAGGCAGUUUCUAGUGGGCCUUCUCCGCAGCCUGGACGUGGGUCUGAACACCACGCGCGUGGGCGUGAUCCAGUAUUCUAGCCAAGUGCAAAGCGUCUUUCCCCUGCGCGCCUUCUCACGGCGCGAGGAUAUGGAACGCGCCAUCCGCGCGGUGGUGCCGCUGGCACAGGGCACCAUGACCGGGCUGGCGAUCCAGUACGCCAUGAACGUGGCCUUCAGCGAGGCCGAAGGCGCGCGCCCAUUGGAGGAGCGAGUGCCGCGCGUCUUGGUCAUCGUGACGGACGGGCGACCUCAAGACCGAGUGGCCGAAGUGGCCGCUCAGGCGCGCGCCCGCGGCAUUGAGAUCUACGCGGUAGGGGUGCAGCGAGCCGAUGUGGGAUCUCUGCGUGCCAUGGCUUCGCCGCCGCUGGACCAGCAUGUCUUUUUGGUGGAGUCCUUCGAUCUCAUUCAGGAGUUUGGCUUGCAGUUCCAGGGCCGGCUGUGCGGGAAGGAUCUGUGUGCUGAGUUGAGACAUGGCUGCCAACAUCUGUGUGUCAACGCCCCAGGAACAUUCUACUGCGCCUGCAGCUCUGGUUACAAGCUAGCACCAGAUAACAAGAAUUGUUUGGCCAUGGAUCUCUGUGCUGAAGGAACUCAUGGUUGUGAACACCUCUGUGUCAACUCCCUGGACUCUUAUUUCUGCCGUUGUCGAGCUGGCUUUGCACUCCAGCAGGACCAGAGGAGCUGCAGGGCCAUUGACUACUGCAGCUUUGGAAACCAUAGCUGUCAGCACGAGUGUGUGAGCACUUCGGUGGGGCCACAGUGUCGCUGCAGAGAGGGCUAUGACCUGCUGCCUGAUGGGAGAAGCUGUCGGGUCAGGGACUUCUGCAAUGGUGUGGACCAUGGCUGUGAGUUCCAGUGUGUGAGCGAGGGUCUUUCCUUUCACUGUCUGUGCCCUGAGGGGAGGCGACUUCAGGCUGAUGGCAGAAGCUGUGACCCAGGGUGCCGUGAGGGCCACGUGGAUCUUGUUCUCCUGGUGGAUGGCUCCAAGAGUGUGCGCCCACAGAACUUCGAGCUGGUGAAGCGCUUCGUGAACCAGAUUGUGGAUUUCCUCGACGUGUCCCCCGAGGGCACACGUGUUGGGUUGGUGCAGUUCUCCAGCCGGGUGCGCACCGAGUUCCCUCUGGGCCGCUAUGGCACCGCAGCUGAGGUGAAGCAGGCAGUUUUGGCCGUGGAGUACAUGGAGCGUGGCACCAUGACAGGGCUGGCGCUGCGUCACAUGGUGGAGCACAGCUUCUCAGAGGCGCAGGGAGCGCGUCCUCGCGUCCUCAACGUGCCUCGUGUGGGCCUGGUGUUCACUGAUGGCCGCUCUCAGGACGACAUUUCAGUGUGGGCAGCUCGCGCCAAAGAGGAAGGCAUCGUCAUGUAUGCCGUGGGCGUGGGCAAGGCUGUGGAGGAAGAGCUGCGGGAGAUUGCAUCCGAACCGCCGGAGCUGCACGUGUCUUACUCUCCGGACUUCAGCACCAUGACGCACCUGCUGGAGAAUCUCAAAGGCAGCAUUUGCCCAGAGGAGGGCAUCAGCGCCGGGACAGAGCUCCGGAGUCCCUGCGAAUGCGAAAGCCUGGUGGAGUUCCAGGGACGCACGCUUGGGGCGCUCGAGAGCCUGACACAGAACCUGGCCCGGUUGACAGAGCGCCUGGAGGAGCUGGAGAACCAGCUGGCUAACCAGAAGUGAGGGCCGCAUGCUGUCCCAGCAGCCACGCGAGGCAGAGUCCGAGCCCCACAACCUGGACCGUCCGGGAGGGGGCGCUGGCGGGCCCCAAGCGCAGACUUUGAGCUGGCCUCACCUGGACCAGGAGCCAGAUUUAGGGGAUGGGGACGAGGGGAUGGGGAGGUGCUGGUGGGGAAGGACUGCUACACUCGGCGCGAGUUUUGUUGGAUUUCUUUUUGUUUUCCUUUUCUUAAAAAAAAAAAAAAUCGGUUUUCACAGGGUCGGUUUGUGGCUACUGCUAUCCUGCCAGAGG